AUCAGGCUAUGAAUGGGUUGUGUCACUCAAGUGUUCUGCACGCAUGGGGAAGCAGAAAGUUGCAGAUGAAUUUAAUAUAUUGCCUUGUUAUCCCAGACUGGUUCAUAUUUAAUGAACCUCUACUGAACUGCAGAAAAAUGGGCAAGAAGAGUAGAGUGAAAACACAGAAAUCGGGAGGAGGUGGAGCCGCAGCCACUGUUUCCACAAAGGAAGUAAUGAAUCUAAUAACUGAAUUGUUACAGAAAUGUAGUAAUCCUUCCACUGCACCGGGAAAGGAGUGGGAAGAAUAUGUGCAGAUCCGAAGCUUAAUUGAGAAAAUCCGUAAAAAGCAAAAAGGUUUAUCGGUUAUCUUUGAUGGGCACAGAGAACACCACUUUGAUGAACUACUGCAGUGGGCAGCUGACUGUGGAGCCUCAACUGAAGGUUUUGAAAUCACUUAUUUCCCAGAAGAGGGUUAUGGUUUAAAGGCAACUAAAGACAUUAAGGCAGAAGAACUUUUUCUGUGGAUCCCUCGGAAAAUGCUGAUGACUGUUGAAUCUGCUAAAAAUUCUGUACUAGGACCAGUGUAUUCCCAGGAUCGGAUUCUGCAAGCCAUGGGAAAUAUCACUCUAGCAUUUCACCUGCUUUGUGAACGAUUGAAUCCUGAUUCCUUCUGGUUGCCCUACAUUAAGACUUUACCUAUGGAGUAUCAUACCCCUUUAUACUUCGAAGAGGAAGAAGUACGUUACCUUCAGUCAACACAAGCCAUCCAUGAUGUCUUUAGUCAGUAUAAAAACACAGCUCGCCAAUAUGCGUAUUUUUAUAAACUCAUCCAGACCCACCCGACUGCAAGUAAGCUGCCCUUGAAGGAAUCCUUCACCUUUGAUGACUACAGAUGGGCUGUAUCUUCAGUCAUGACACGCCAGAAUCAAAUUCCAACUGAAGAUGGUUCCCGGGUCACUUUGGCCUUGAUACCCUUGUGGGAUAUGUGCAAUCACACCAAUGGUUUGAUCACAACUGGAUACAAUUUGGAGGAUGACAGAUGUGAAUGUGUGGCUCUGCAGGAUUACAAAGCUGAAGACCAGAUCUACAUUUUCUAUGGGACUCGAUCCAAUGCUGAAUUUGUGAUACACAAUGGAUUUUUCUUCAAUAAUAACUCUCACGAUAGAGUGAAGAUAAAACUGGGAGUAAGUAAAAGUGACCGACUCUACGCAAUGAAGGCGGAAGUUCUAGCACGUGCUGGUAUUCCAACGUCCAGUGUGUUUGCUCUGCAUUGCAGUGAGCCUCCAAUCUCAGCCCAGCUGUUGGCUUUCCUCCGGGUGUUUUGCAUGACUGAAGAUGAAUUGAAAGAACAUCUUGUUCGAGAGCAUGUAAUCGAUAAGAUCUUCACCUUGGGAAACUCUGAUUUCCCUGUAAGCUGGGAUAAUGAAAUUAAACUGUGGACCUUUCUUGAAACCAGGGCUGCACUCCUGUUAAAAACAUAUAAAACUACCACUGAGGAUGAUAAGUCAUUGCUUGAAAAGCCAGAGCUGUCGUACCACAGUAAGAUGGCAAUCCAGCUCCGUACAGCAGAGAAGGAGAUCUUGGAAAAAGCAGUGCAAAGUGCCGCUAUGAAGCGUGAGCACUUUACGGAAGUCCGGAACAAGAGCGCACCCCUUCCCAAAUAUGAGGAAAGUAACAUCGCCAUGCUGGAGAACACUGUAACGGACUCGAAAAUUCCACUGAUCCUGAGAAAUCUGAACAGUGAUGAUGAAAAAGACCAUGAGUUGAAGUUAACAGAGGUACUGGAUGACGGGAUUGCAGGAGAGGAGGGAAUUUUGAACGGAGAGAACACUUUUCCCAACCACACUGAUCCUGAACGUCACGAGAACGGUGAACAAGAGAACGAUGCCAAAGAGAAUGGGAAUGCCAAAGAGACUACUGCAGAAAAGAUUGAAUAUAAUGAAAGCUGAAACAGAAGAACAAUCAAAAUACGAGAGUCUGAUCCUCAUUGCCAGUGUGAAGUGCAGAUGGGAACUCCUAAUGUUACACUAGCUGACAAUGCAGCAUAUUUGAUCAUGUCUUUUUAAGGUGAGAAGAGGUGGAGCUGAAGUGGCUUGUCAUGAGAACAUACUUCCUGGUCAAAUUAUAGUUCAUUUAAAAGAAAUGGUCUUAAAUUAGCUUCUGCCCACUGUUGUGUUUCUUCUCAACCAUGGGUGCAGAAUGCAGGGAGGUGUUUGAAUCGUUUCAAGUGCAUUUUCAGCAUCAAAAGUUAAGGAUUUCAGAUUUGUUUUUAAGAGACUUUUUUAGAGCAAAGAAACAUUGCCAGUCAAUUGAAAAGCAAUCAUGAAAAGCUGGUGGAAAAAUAAUGCUUGUUCUUUUAAUGCCAUGUGCCUGCUGUUUGGUGCACUUGGUGGUUUAAUGUAAUGCUUUUAAACACAAUAGUUAUAUUCUGUUUUUACAUUUACAAGAUUUCAGUUAGAUUGUGGAAUUACAUGCACUCCAACCCAUCCACUGUGAUCACAUGGCUUUGUUGAAUGUUUUAAAUCAGGUGGUUGUUAUUUCUAGUUUUUUUUUCCAGAAGAAUAUCAAUGGUGAAUGAUUAACCAACUUGUGUGUUGCAGACUGAAUGUCAUGGUUCCAUAUGCCUGCUAGGAAUAUCAUGUUUGCUUCAGGCAUAUUGUAAUCAUUAAACAUUACCACAAGAUGAGGCUGACAUAGAAUUCUUAAGCAUAACUUGCAGAGAAGUUCAUCUUUCUGACUGGGCAAACUGAAGCCACUUAUAACCACAGCUAAAGAACUUGGGAAUCCAUGAAAACUCUCGAGCCUUUGAUAAUGUUGAUCGGUUCAUGGGUUUGGCAUCAGUGUCAUCUGCAAACACUUAAGAGAAUUUUGGCUGAUAUUUUCUGUUCCAAUCUAUGACAGUUCAAACUGGUCUGGCACUUAAUUCCCAUGAGAAAGUUGGUGCCAUGUGUGUGAAUCCGUCGCACAGAUAUGUCUCCACUCCAAAAAAGGAUUGGGGGCAGAUGGUCGUCAGGUAUUCCACCCGAAAAACAGGGAUUCUGUGGGAGCUGAUGUUUAUUUUCCUUCAAAAAUUGAAGGCCCAGCUUAGCCAUAGGACACUCACCUACAUCUUUCAGCCCACUUGUACCCCAUGUUUUUGGUAAUGUAUCCCCAUAUUGUAACCAAAGUUGUACAUUUUGUUUUAGAUAAUAUUGCUAACUCUACUUGUAUACUGUAUCUUCUGCCAUGGUUAUAUGGGUUAAGAUUAAGUGAAUAAACUGUAGUGACUACUGUGGAGGGGGGAAUAAAUUCUCACUCCUAAUACAUUACAAAGAGAGCAAAGUUUGCAUUGAAUAAAGUUAUAACACUGAUUCUUUAAGUAAAUGUUUUGAUUUUCACCCUUGGGGUUUUGAUAAUUUGCCCAUUUAAUUUCCUCUCUCAAUUUCACAACUCCCUUCACCUCCAAUAAUGUGAAUUGUCAUUAUCUGGUGUUUAACAUAGUCUGGCUCUCAAUUUGUGAGUAGAGCAGUUUUGGAUAUAAAGUUCAGAAUCAGGUAAUGUUAUGGGCAAAUUGCCUUUGGGCGGAUUAGGUAAUGAAGUUCUGAAACACUGCUUUAAGCACCAAUAAUUGUCAUCAAAUCUAAUACUGUUGCAAACAUUUUAAGCUACCUUAGUUCAAAUUAUUGAAAACUUUUCUUCAUACUAAAUUUCCAACCACUGAAAAUUUAUUUCAUUCAGAUUCUUGCCUGGUUCACCUUUUUGAGAAGUUCAGAAACAGUCUGAAUUGAACAAGUGUGGAAGAAUUUUGGAAAAUAGGAUAAUUACCCCUUGGAACAUCAAACUCAAACUUGUAGAUCAAACCAACAUUUUGAUUACUGAUGCCUGGGAGACAUCAGUGGGUUUGCAACAUUGAGCUUUGCAUCUUUUUCAGACAUUUGCUUGUUUUGAGAUGGUGACGGUUAUUUUAUCAUUGUUGUGAGCAAAACUAUACUGUGUUCUGAGAAUCAGACAAACCAUUUUUGGGAGAUAGUAGAACAUUGAAAUGUAAAAAGCUAGCUGCUGGCUUCUUAUUCUACUGUUCAUUUAUUCUGCUCCAUUUGUUCUUUUUGAAUGAGAAUGUUGUAGUUUUAGUAAUUUCUGCAAAACGCUCUUUAAUAACGUACUUGUCAGUAUUGUUCACCUAACCCUUUAAGGACAGGUGAGAAUGUGUCUUUUUAUUUUGGCAAAUUUUAAGUUUCUGAUAUAGAGUGUGGUCAUAGCAACGCUUAUGUCUUGGAAUGUUUUCACAAAUCGAAUGUGUGCACGCCACCUUCCAAUACCAAGUACAAGUGUCAUACAUACUGUGUGCUUUAAUUAAAAUGUCAACUAUACAGGUGUGGGUUAGAUACUUCUACUCUCAAAAUACCCAAGGAUAUCAAUUACUGUGAAUUGGUAAAAGAUGGCAGCAUUUUCAGUUAAAUGGCUUUACUUCUCCUUAGGAAAUUGUGGCUGCAUUUAUAUUUGAAUGUGAUUGCUUUGUCAAAUGAUUUUUUUUUAAACUGAAGACUCACCUUCCAAAGAUGAUGAUUAGAGUGCACUUUGUGUUUGAGAAAAUAUAUCUUCCAUUUGCUACUCAUUUAAUUUGCAAUUUUAUGACUCCCAUCUUUUGACUCCUCUCCAGUGCAAAAUCUUUUGUUUAAGUUUGUAAACCACAGCCCAAGGGGAAAUCUUUGAUGCAGAAAUAAAUGCAGAUUGUUGCAUACAACCUAAAUUUCAUUGUGUAGUUGUAUUCUGUUUUAAAAGGGGGGAAAAAAUCAGUUAUCAGACCUUGUCACUUUAAGAAUGUAGUGUAUUGUAGCACCAAGUAUUAACUUGAAUAGGAAGCUUUCUCAUAAAUGGAUGGCUGCUCCUAGUGGAAUUAGGCUGCAAGUACCUUAAGCUGCUGUUUCAGAACAUAAACUUACUCUGCCACUCAGGAACAUGUGGUUGAUCUGAUCUUUAACCAAACCCUUUCCCCACCCAUAACCCUCGAUUCCCCUGCAGUCUUCAAUUAUCCAACUCAAUCCUGAAAAUAUCUCAGGCCUUGGCAUUCACAGCUCGUUUGCAUAGUAAAUUCCACAGUCUAACAGCUCUCAGAGAACAAAUUCCUCCUCACAUUUAAGUGGUCAAUUCUUUAUCCUGAAACUUUGUUCUUAUUUAAAAAUUCCCACCCAAGGGAACAUUCUCAAAACAUCCAUCUUCCAAAGCCCCUGCAGGAUCUUGCACAUGCCAAUGAGGCUUUAGAACUUUUAAUGUCUUAUUCUUAUGCAGUGAAGAGAAAUCAGACAAAUUGCUUUAAAAGUCAGGUACAGAUAGAGGACAGUUUAACUGAAAGGACUGGAGGGCAGCACCUCAAGGCAUCGUCAAAUGCUCCUUCAUUAUGCAGCAUGAUUUACCUCACUGUACACUUGAUAAGUAGUUCCUGACUGAGUGAAGGGUAAUAUUUUUCCAAAUUAUAAAAUGUGUUAAUCUGAAAAUAUAAAGUAAGCAGGUAAGUGUCAACCUUUCUGAUAUUUAUGUUGAUCCCAAGUCAUCAGGAUUCCAGGAGUCUCAAACCAUAGUUCCAAUCUACCAGGCCUAAUAUAUCCAACUUAAAAAAAGCAAUUUGUUUUUUUUCCCUUUCUGCAUUUAUUCCUAUCAGACCAUAAGAAUUAGGACAGAAUUAUGCUACUCGGCCCAUUGAGUGUGCUCUGCCACUCCAUAAAGCUUGAUCCAUCAUCCUCAUAACCUUUGACAUUCUGACUAAUCCAAAACCUAACAAUCUCCUCCUUAACUAUACCUUGACUGCCACAGCUGUUUGUGGCAAUGAAUUCCACCGAUUCACCAUCCUCUGGCUAAAGAAAUUCUUCCUCAUCUCUGGUCUAAAUGAACAUUUCUGUACUCUAAUGCUGUGCUCCAUGGUCCUAGUCUCCCCCACUAUAGAAAUCAUCCUGUCCAUGUUUACUCUAUCAAGGCCUUUCAAUAAACUCCAGCAAGAACAGACCCAAAACCAUCAAACACUCUUUGUACUUCAACACUUCCAUUCUGGAAUCAUUAUCUUGAACAUCCUCUAUACCCUCUUCAAUGCCAACGUAUCUUUUCUUAGAUAAGGGACCCAAAACUCCUCACAAUACUCCAAGUGUAUUCUGGCUAAUGCUGAAAUAUUAACUUUGCUUCUCUUUCCUCUAAUGCAACCUGAAUUACCAUGUUACUGUAGCAGUGUGCUACACGCAGCGCUGAAAUAACGACACGGAGUCGGUAAACUGCAGUUAAAGAAGAUUUUAUUCGAACUUCGCGGCUUUGCUUUAAAGCCUCCAUGAUCCCGCCCUCCACGGGCGCGGAUGCUGUAGGUGGCACGUACUCACAGUCCUGCGCGGGCUUUUCCCUUUGUUAGUGAAGCAGACCUGGCGCCCUUUUGGGACUGGCCUUUGUGCCGGCGCGCUGGCUAUUUGUGAGCCGGUUCGAGUGCACUAGGAAGUGGGUCGCCACUAUUUCUAACUUCUGUGAGUUUUUUUUUAUAUUUCAUAUUCUAACUUCCCCAUGUACAGUACCUCAGGAUACAAUCUGAUCUUUACAUUACCACUAAAAGAGAAAUGUGUGUGUAGAAAAUAUGAAACAUUUGGUAAGAAUUCUUUUAACAGGAUUUGCAGAAAGAAAGCAGAGAUUUAAACUUCCUGAAAGUGAAGUUACAUGACUGGGGGGAAAAGAACCAAAGCAAUCGUGGUCUUAAUAUAUGAAAAUACUAUUGAUAACAGAAAAUUUCUAGCAUAUGGACUGGAUAAUUUCAGAUAAUAAUUCUGCUUCUCCCAUUUAUUCUACUUCUACACCCAGCUUUUGUUUCUUUACAAGUUAACAAACAAACUCAUGGAGGAACUUUGUUGGGUCGGGCAUAAUUUUCUCCCUGUGACUGCAUGGGUUUCCUCCAGUUGCUCCGGUUUCCUCCCACAGUCCAAGGAUUUAUUGGGUUGAUAGGUUAAUUGGUCAUUGUAAAUUGUCCUGCGAUUAGGCUAGAAUUAAAUUGGGGAUCAUUGGGCAACAUGACUGAAAGGGCUGGAUGGGCCUAUUUGUACUGUGCCUCAAUAAAUAAAUAAAGGGAGGUGAGCAGUCAGUGUUUCAAGUUCAGACACUCAGACUACCAUUGUUUCUAUACUUGCCACGUUAACAUACUGUCCCUCACCUUGAAUUAUUGUCCCUAUUUUACCUUUUAAAUUCUCUAACCUUUCACUCUCUUACAGCCCUGCCCAUGUUUUCUCUGCUCCUGAUCUGUUGAUUAGUGAACAUCCUGUUCAAUGUUUCACGUCUUCCCUUGCCCCCAUUCUUUGUGUUAAAGCUUUUGAUGGAAGUUCAUGUCCUGAAACGUUAAUCCUGCUUCACUCUCCAAAGAAUUAGCCUGAAUACUUCCAGGUAACGUAGUGGUGAGCACAAUGCUUUACAAAUACCAGUGACCUGGGUUAAAUUCCCAUCACUGUCUGUAAGGAGUUUGUACGUUCUCUCCAUGACUGCAUGGGUUUCUUCUGGGUGCUCUGGUUUCUUCCAAAAAUCCAAAGAUAACAUUUGGUAGGUAAAUUGGUCAUUGUAAAUGGUUCCGUGAUUAGGCUAGGGUUAAAUCAGGGGAUUAUUGGGCGGUACAGCUCAAAAGGCCCACAGAGCCUAUUCUGUACUAUAUCUCAAUAAAGCGAUAAAAUAAUUAACAACUUGAUUUUAUUUCAGCUUUUUAGCUUUUGCAUUAUUUUUUUUUAUUGCUGUUUCUGUAGAGAAUAUAUUUGGUUGUUUUAUUGGACUAAAAUUUUAAUUGGCAAUUGUGUUUUGAGAUUUCAUAUAAUUUUCAAAGGAAUCUUGUAUUGUAAAAUGACAGUAUUGGAUCCACUGAUGUUAAAGGACAGUUAUGCUUUAGCAGUUAUGGAGUCAUACAGCAUGACAACUCUUCCCAACACUGACCAUUAAAUACUCAUUUCACACUAAUUCUACAUUUAUCUUACUUUAUUCUCCUCACAUUGAAUUGUUUCUUUGCUUUUCUGUGACUGGCCACCACUUAGCAAGUUUCUCUCAACUCUUCAUUUCCCAACACCCUGCUAUCAUUCACGGUGGCUAAGUUGUGGUUCACUGUUUGAAGGCAGUAAAGGCAAACAUUCUUGAUUCAUCAGCAACUUCCAAGCAAAUCCUUGACAGAAUUUAAAGAUUGCAGGUCUGAAGCUGAAGCCCAAUGGAGGCUGGAGUCCCGGAGGCCCACCAUGGAGUUGGAGAACUGUCCGGUGUAAGGAGGAAAGGGGUUUCUUUUGCUGCUGUUUGAUGAUGUUCUGCCAGGCAUUGUGAGCAUGCUACGUUGGUGCCAGAAUGUGUCAUGACACUUGAGGGCUGUCCCAGCACAUCCUUUGGUGUGUUGUUAAUACAAACAAUACAUUUCACUACAUGUUUCCAUGUACAUGUGAUAAAUCUGAAUCUGACAUUUGCAACUGGUGAAUGUCAUCUCUUUGACUUUGAGUAAUAAGUUCAAAAUUAUUUGCAAGUACUAUUUUUAAUAAAACCAGUAAAUACAGUAUAAACAGAAUUUAUAUUUUAGGUUAAAGUCAAUUUGUCAGAAUUUGGAAAGAGAAAUAAAAUUAGUUUUAAAAUUGCCUUGAGAGUAGGAACAUGAUGGUUAUGACAAAGGAAUCGUCUGAUAAUUUGACCUGGAUCUCAAUUUUUCCUGUUCAUUCCUAUAUCCCUUCUGCUCUAAAACGUAAAACUCACCUAAGACCAUAAGAGAUGGGAGCAGAAUUAGUCCAUUCAGCCCAUUGAAUCUGCUGUGCCAUUUCAUUGUCAUUUUCCCCCUCAACCCCAUUUUCCUGCCUUCUCCCCAUAACCUUAGACACCCUGACUAAUCAAAAACUUAUCACCCUCCACCUUAAAUACAUCCAGUGACUUGGCUUCCACAGCCACCAGUGGCAAUGAAUUCCACAGAUUUACUAACGUCUAGAUAAAGAAAUUUCUCCUUAUCUCCAUUCAAAAUCGAUGUCCCUCUAUUCUGAGCUGUACUCUCCGGCCCUAGGCUUCCCCACUGUAGGAAACACCCACUCUACCUAGGCCUUUCAAAAGUCGAGAGGUUUCAAUUAGAUCUCCUCCACAUUCUUCUAAAUUCCAGUGAGUACAUGCCCUAAGCCAGGCAUGAGCAAACUACGGCCCGCGGGCCAUAUGCUUUUUAAUCCGGCCCGCAGAACUUGAUGAAAUUAUAUUAAUAAACCUUGUUAACGUUUUUUCCCCGCAAUUCUGGCGUUUUCCCAAUAGAUGACGCACUCUAUAUACAUUGACCUUUGUUGAGGUGCAGCGUAUUACUCCACAUUUGCGCUUUAUUCUUUGUUCGGCUCGACCUAUUUGUGUGAACAGGCGUUCAUGAACAUCAACAAAGCCAGCCACAGAUCCAAGUUAACUGACCAACACCUCAGAUCCAUCCUGAGAAUCGCCACAACAAAACUAAAUCCAGACUUUGAUGCGCUGGCUAAAAAGGAAGACCAACAACACUGUUCCCACUGAAAUUAAAAAUAAGUUUCUUCGUUGUGUUAUGUAAAAAAUGCAUUUGAAAAUAUCUUUUUCAAAUAAGCCUUACAUGUUACAUGUCAUUUCUGUUAAGUGAUGGACAUGAGUAGUACGCAGGUGCACGUACGUUCUCAAAAUAAAAAAAAUGCACUCCAGAUCAAAUAAUGCGCUCCGCAUACUGGCGCACUGUCAUUGUUCUGUCUUUGUGCUGGUCGUUGUUGAGUUUUGGCACAGGGGACAAUUGAAUAAGAAGGAGCAGGACAAGUAGACCUGCAUCUCCUACGGUUUUUGAAAUAAAGACAGUCAGGAGGAGAGUGAUGAUGAUAAUAUCUUGAAGGAUAACAGAAUUUUCAGUGCUUUAAAAUAACAACUGUUACUAUUUAAAAAAGCUGUAUUUUAUUCAUUUAAUUUUAAGUGCUUUAAAAGUCAUUUCAAUAAA